GUUUUUCUUCCUUCUAGUUUAGAUAUUGUGUUGGUUCUUCCCAACUUAAGGAACACAUGCAUGUGGUACUGAUGCAGAUUACUGAAUAGGAAAAACAAUACACCUUCAUACCCAGCUGAAGAUUGAUAUUAGUUCAAGAUGAUCAUAAAGUUGGGAGCGAAAGGAAUCAAGUUAGAUGAACGUCGUCUGUGGGAUGAUGGUUCUGACCAUGAUGACGUAACAAAGAUAUACGUAAAAGGGGGUCCCCAAGGCAUAGGAUCCUUUUAUUUCAACUAUGUGAAGAGUGGAAAUCCAAAAGAUGGAUCAAUCCAUGGUUUCUUUAACUAUGGUUUCACACAAACGUUUGAGAUAAACCAUCUACAAGAUGAACAUCUUGAAUCUGUUGACGCUUACUACAACAAAAAGUCUUAUGGUUUGCAAGCAAUUCAAUUCAAAACCAAUUUCAGGACCUCUGAACUGAUGGGGUAUAGUUAUGAGUGUACCAUGUUUACGCUAGCCGUCAAAGGAAAGAAGAUCAUUGGGUUUCAUGGAUCUGAUAAUGUACAUAUAUACUCUCUUGGAGCUUACUUCACUUCCAUUACUCCUACGAGAUUGGAAGUGAAAGGUGGUAUGGGAGGCAAGAAGUGGGAGGAUGGAUUCGACCAUGACAAUGUAUCAAAGAUCCAAGUGCUAGGUGGUUUUGAAGGCAUACUGUACAUCAAAGUUGACUAUAUCAAGAAUGGAAAACUAGAAACUGGAUUAAUCCAUGGUGACUCUGGUGGUGAUGGUUUUUUACAGAAGAUGGAGAUUAACCAGUCAAAGAACGAAUAUCUAGUAUAUGUUGAAGGUUACUACGAUGAUGCUUCUGAAACCAUUCAAGGGCUUCAUUUCCAAACUAACCUCAACAAUCCUGUUAUGAUGGGGUAUAAAAAGGGCAGGAAGUUUUUACUUGCAUCCAAUGGAAAUAAGAUCAUUGGGUUUCAUGGAUAUGCCGACAAAAGUCUAAACUCUCUUGGAGCAUAUUUCAGUAGGGCCACUCCUAACAAAUUGGAAUGCCAAGGUGAUUGUAGAGGAAUGUCUUGGGAUGAUGGUUGUAAUUAUGACGGAGUUAGAAAGGUGUUCGUCGAUGGUAUAGGUAACGAAAUAUAUACUGUCAGGUUUGAGUACGAUAAUGGCGGAAAAGUGGAAAAGACACCGUAUCGACGUGAUGUUAAAAAUGAGAAGGAGUUUGUGCUUGAUUAUCCAAAUGAAUUUAUCACGUCUGUGGAGGGGACCUUAGCAGCUCCGAAAAGUGUUAACAUCACGUGGAUUACGUCAUUGACAUUCAAAACAUCAAAAAAGAGAAGCUCUCCAACAUUUGGAUCAGCUAGUAGUAGAAAAUUUGUGCUGGAGAAGAAUGGUAGUCCUCUUGUUGGGUUCCAUGGAUAUAAUAGUGUUGGGAAUACUCUUAAUUCUCUUGGAGCAUAUUAUCGCCCGAUUCCUCCUACUCCUGAUGUGGAGAAACUAAAAGCACAAGGUGGUGUGGAGGAGCUUCUUGGGAUGAUGGUGGUACUUUCAACAGUGUAAGAAAGAUCUACAUUGGACUAAACGAAAAUGUUGUAGGCUUUGUCAAGUUUAUGUACUACAAAAGCACUCGUGUUGUCAUCGGAGAUGAUCAUGGCAACAAGACCACGAUAUCUGAAGACCAAGAGUUCGAGUUGGAUCCUCUUGAACGUAUCACAUCAGUGGAGGGUACUUAUGAUGAUAAAAUCGGAGGUAUAACCAUGCUUAGGUUCAAGACCAACAAAAAAGACUCUCCGUACUUUGGAUUCGGUACAUUACCAAGCUUCGUGCUUCACAAGGAUAAUCACCAGAUCGUUGGGUUCCAUGGAAAAUCCAGUAACAUGCUUCAUCAACUUGGGGUCCAUGUUCUACCCAAUGGUUUUAAAUUUGUUUCUUAAGGAUCUCGUACCCUUUUUUUUACUCUACUACAUGUGUUUUCUCAUUUUAAUGUGUGGCGUGUGUGUCUUCCGAUAAUCUCAUGUUAUAAGUCAUGUUUUAAUGACAUCGCAUCUUCAACUCACUUCUACGUGUUGCGUCUUCCUAUGUUGUAUGUCUUUCGACAGUACUAUCACGUAAUAUAAUUUUGUUUUCUAAAACUUAAGUUCUGAUGCUUCUUCAGCAAGUGUUGAUGGUUUUGGAAGAAUUAAAGGUU